AUCUGAUUGGUGUUUGGCUGUGUGUGUAACAUGCAACAUGACUCACCCUCUCUUCCUCAUUCCACCCUCAGCUUCAUUUGGUCUUAAAUUUCCACCUCCACUUCUUUGACUCGUUCAACAACAUUAAAGUACCUUACCUUGUUUAGACAAGUGAAAAGAAAAGUCUGUCAGACGCUUCAGAGCUAGAAACCUGCUACGUGAGGCUACUGCAAAAGUAGUGAACAUUUCAAAAUCAUGGGUGAACUGUCUGUCCUUUCAUUUGUUCAUUAGUUUUACACUAUUGUCAACGCAGGUUCAGGAUCACAUUCUCUGUGGGCACUUGGAACAUAUACAGUAAUUGGAGAAACGCCUUUCCCUGAGUUACGGUUGUGGUGAUGUUGGAUGAUGUUCAAGUGGCUUGCUAUGUCUCCAACAAUAAACAGUCUGUCUACAGGGGACAACAUAUCACAGACAAAACUGAGGAAGAUGAAGCUCAGGACGGAGCUCAUGUAUUUGGAGUAAUAUACCAGAGGUAAUUUGAACUAAAGAUAGUUUGAACUAAAGCACCACUUUAAUCUCACGGAAGGUGUUCAAGUUUAGCAAAGAUUAACUGACUGUGAGAUGUUGGACAAUGGAGAACUGGCCUUGGCCGUGUUUAAGCAUGUUUUCAAUUGCAUUUUUCAAGAUGUAUUACAACAUGACACAUUAUACAUAUGAUGCUGGGAAACUACUACUGGGAAGGGAUGGGAUGAUGCAAGCAUACAAAACAACACUUUUUGAGACUUUUUACCUUCCCCUUUGCAUCAAACCACUGAAGACAGAGAAGAACGUUGUGAUGCGUAAAGUGCCUCCCAGACUCAGGUUGAUAAAGAAAGAGGUUUCUGGAGGGUUUCAGGUGAGCUGCCUGGCGUUUGGUUUCUACCCCCGCCACAUCAACCUGACCCUGCUGAGAGAUGGCCAGCCAGUGACAGAACAGGAGCUGACAGGGGGGGAGGUGCUGCCUAGUGGAGAUGGGACCUACCAGCUGAGGAAGAGUCUGGAGGUCAGUACUGAGGAGCUAAAGAAGAGACACAACUACACCUGUACUGCCUCUCACCUCAGUCUGGACAACAAGCUGGAUGCCAGUUGGGAGUCUGGGGCAGAGAGAGUUCACCUAUCCACCCUCUCAGUUCUACUGGUGAUGCUGCUGAUUGUUAUUCUAUUGGGCAUUUUCAUUUGUGUUAAAAGGAGGAGAUGCAGCUUCUCGUAGACAUUGUCACAACUUGCCAACGUUGAUGCAAAAGUGUCAGAAAAAAUUAACCUGUCCUCAGAUUCUGAGACCUAAUAAAAUGCUGGGACACUGAUGUAACUUUGUCGAUUCAGCUCAAUUCACAAUGAAAAGAUGACUCCCCACACUAUUAUUAUUACUGCAGUAUUACAGAUGUAGGAUCUUAAUUUGAACCAGUUUGCUACAGCAGAAAAAGAACACUGCAGCGACAGCAAAUGUAAUCUGGAGUUAUAUAUGUUUUGCAGUCUGUAAUUUCAAAUCAUAACUAUUCAUUAAUUUCAGAAUGCACUCUAUAUCUGUGCUGUAUUCCUGUUUGGCCCUGUCCGGGGGUAUCAUCGGAUGGGGUCACAGUGUCUCCUGACCCCUCCUGUCUCAGCCUCCAAUAUUUAUGCUGCAGUAGUUUAUG